CUCUCACUCGCUCUCUUUUUGUUCCAGCUGCAGUACAAAUCCUGGCUUUCUCUCACAGCUCUAUUAGCCUGCUCUGCUCCUCACAACUGCUGAGACACACAGAGAAACACAACACACACACUUACAGCAUCAUCACACAGCGACACACACACACAGAAACACACACACACACCUCGCCUGGAGCUCCUGCAGAACCAGAGGAGGAGAAAAAGAGGGUGGAAGAAUUUGGCCUCAAGUCGUGCAGCCGCCUUCAAACUGCUGGGAUGAGGUGGUGGCUGGUAGCGACCAGUUUGUGGCUGCUAGUGGUCCUGACCGUCUCGGACGCCCAGGCCAGGAUCAGACCUCGCAACCAGGACGGUGAGAUCCGCCGGGGGAAGAGGAAGAGGGACGGACACGGUCCACGGGGUGCCAGAGGUGGGCAACCUAAACCUUUCAAGAUCAGACUGGUUCCUGGUCCCAGCGUCACAGCGGAGCCUGGAGAGAAGCAAAGAAACACUCUGUUCCUGGAAUCCUACAAGAACCUCGAAGAUCAGCACUCCAGCUACAACGUUAUCCCAGGUAAGCAGGGCCAGUGUGUGUUCCAGGGCCUGACCAUGUUCGACCUGGCCGUCUGGUCUCCAAAGCCCUGUGUGACUUGUCUGUGUACCGGAGGGCGGGUGGUUUGUGACGAGAUCACCUGUCCCAUAAUGCACUGCCAUUUCCCCUUCACCCCCGCUGGGGAGUGCUGCCCCGUCUGCAUGGAGUCAGACCCUGACCUCAGCCUUGACCUUUCUGGUGACUCCCCAGUUCCCAACGACCCCGGCGAUCCCGUGACCCAGGGGGAGAUCCAGCGAAUCCUCAGGCGGGAGGAAGAGGAGCACCGCGAGGAAGAGGACCGCCUGAGGAAGAAGGAUGAGGCGAGGAAGAAUAAGAGAAGGCAGAGGAAGGAGCAGGCGGAGAAACAAAGGAAGAUAGUGGAGGACAAGAGGAAGGAAGAGCACGAGGCGCUAAGGCUGCAGGUGGAGAGAGAGGAGGAGGAGUGGAAGAGGCUGGUGGAGGAGCUGGAGAAGAAGAGACUGGAGAAGAAGAGACAGGUUGAGGAAGACAGGAGGCAGAAGGAGUCAGCGGAGAGAGAAGCUAGGGAGAAGGAAUGGAAGCUAGAGGAGGAAAGGAGGUGGCAGGAAGAGAGGCUGAGGGAGGAACUUCUGGCUCUAGUGGAGGAAGAGGAAGAGGAGCUGGAGGAGGAGGUAGAAGAGGAGGUAGAGGAGGAGGUGUGGCUGAGAGGAGAUGUGUUUAAGAUGCCCCUAAAAGAACCUGAAGAAGAAGUAGAUCUCUUUCCUGCUCCGAUACCAAGACCUCCUGCUGCGACAGAGAACGAGCUGGAGGAGAUGGAAGCGGAGGCGGAGGAGGCAGAAGAGGAAGGGGAGGAAGGGGAGGAGAGGGAGGUGGUGGUGGUGAACAGAGGAAGACUCCCUCCAGGCUGCCAGAUCUCUGAUGCCACUCUGGAAUGUGACAACGCCAAACUCACCUACUUCCCUCCUCUAUCCAUACCUGAGCUCAGGUCUCUCAGUCUGGAGGGCAACAACAUCGCCAGCAUCCCAGCAGAAGCCUUCAACGGCAUCCCCAACCUGGAAUGGAUCAACCUGAAGAAAAACAUGCUCACCUCUAACAGCAUUGAUGCUAAAGCCUUCAAAGGUCUGAAGAUGCUAAGGCGUCUGUACUUGGACGGGAACCUUCUGGAAGCCGUGCCCGCUGACCUGCCACCCAGCCUGCAGGAGCUGAAGAUCAGUGAGAAUAGACUGAGAGGAAUCCAUGACAACAGCUUCCAAGAUCUGAGCAGCCUGGUGAUUCUGGAGUUGGAGGGAAAUCUGCUGAGUGAGGGGAAUGUAAAUCCUCUGGCCUUCGCACCCCUCAUCCAGCUCUCCUACCUCCGACUGGGCAGGAACCACUUCCGCACCGUACCACAAGGCCUUCCCACAUCACUGCUGGAGCUGUACUUGGAGAACAACCUGAUCGAGGAAAUCUCAGAGACAGUUUUCAAUCAGACCCAAAGCCUGAACGUGGUUUCUCUGAGACACAACAGGCUGGACGAGACCAAGAUCGCCCCGCUGGCCUGGUUCAACCACAGAAAUCUGGAGUCCAUCGACCUUUCACAUAAUGACCUUUACCUGGUUCCAUCAUACCUGCCCAGAUCUCUGGUCCACUUGGUGCUGUUGGGGAACAACAUAGAGAGGAUACCUGGUUACGUGUUCGCCCACAUGGACCCUGGGUUAGAGUACCUCUACCUCUCUUACAACAAGCUUGAUGGGGAGGCAGUGGAGCCCGAGUCGUUCUUCGGCUCGUACCACUCCAUGGUGGAGCUGUGUCUGGAUCACAACCAGCUGAUCUCUGUCCCGUCUGGCAUCAACGAGAUGACCAACUUACACUUCCUCAGACUCAACAACAACAAGAUCAGGAGUAUCCCUGACGAAGGAAUCUGUGACCCACACCACAGCGGAGACUCCACUCUGGUGGCUCUGAGACUGGAAAACAACUACAUCGACCCCCAGAGGAUCUCCCCCACAGCCUUCUCCUGUGUACGCUCCUCCUCCAGUGUGGUCUUAAGACCCCAGAAAACCAAGUGACCACUCAAAAAACAAAAAGACAUUUGUUUAAAACUCCAGAAACAAAAGGGGGAAAGAUUAGGGUUUCUAAUGUGCCAAGUCAAAACACAAGAUACAUUUCCCUUCCCUAGCUUCCUCUGAUGCUAUAUGUUAUAAAAACGACAUGAUGAACAGGUAGAACAUGGGGAACAAUAAUGAAACUGUCAAAACACAGUUACUGCUGAUGUAACUUUCCUUAUGGGAACGCACUGCCCUGUCAUAUCCUUGGACUGAACCCUUACGAGCUGCAUAGAAAUAAGAUUUCUUCUUCUCUGGCCCUCAUACACUAAUGUGUUUUAGGUAUGGCAAGUUGUUUUUCACCUCGCUCACCUAAACCUGGUAUGAAGAUGACGGACGACCUUCAGACUUCCUAAACACAUCUGUCUCCUUUAGUAAAAUGUUAAACUCUCUAAAGUGGAAAGAACUCCUGCACCAUAACGCCGUAAAGUGAUAAUGCUAAUAAAGAAAUGGAAAGAAUUCAAUGACAUGAGACCACAAGCCCAACACAUUACUUUUAACAACCUCACCACCUUCAUGUUCCAUUUCUCAGCUCUGUGUCUUCAAAUGCCUUCUUUCAUAGAAACGCUGACAUGGAAAGGAGUCGUGUGAUCACAUGUGUGACACAUCCUUUGAGCUCUCUGUGUAAAAGAUGAAGAGCAGCGCAGAAGGAUUACAAUGAAGGGAGUGCAGAGCUAAUCCCCAAGAGACAAAAGACGUACAGUCAUGUCUGCCAUUGUUUUACAUUAUUUAUGUAAGUGGACAGAAGCAGGAGGACAGUAACUUCCUCUGGUUAAGCCAGAUGGUGAUACACGCAUGUAAGAUCAGGACGUGUUGUGUUUUAAAUUAUACUCCAGUUUCACUUCACGUUUGAUCUAAAGUGACGUUGGUCUACGCACACACACACUCUGGAGUUACAUCCAGGUAUCUUCGAUUUCACCGUGUCUCAUUAUUGAAUAGGAAACUAUUAAAUGCAGUCUCAGCAGAUUUGCUAUAGACUUUAAUGGAGAUGAGUUCAGUUAUGUGGUCUGAGGAAACAACCCUCUAACGAAUGUCUCUCAGACGUGGGAGGAGCCGUUGGCUCCACAAGUUUUUUCCCCCCAAACUGUAAAUUUUAAUUUCAAAGUUUUCUUUCAAUGAUGUCCUCAGUGUUGCUCAACACAGAGACAUUACAUCAUAUUAUAGCUUUAUGUUAAUGCUUCAACUAUCAACCCAUGUAACUGCAGUAUAACGUAAUAAUAACUCAACUUCUGCAGGUUGGGAGUCAUUUCUUUAUGUGUGAGCGGGGAAGAGGUGGACUACAUGCUCUUGUAGUUUUUACAUUUACAUGACAUUUCAGUUGCGGUUAAUAACUGUCACACAUCUGCCCCUCCCUUUGCUCUUGGCUGGCCAACAUGCAUAACUGAUAUGACAAAAUGUCUAUUUAAUGUGUCAUAAACUAUAGUUUAACACAAUGUUACGAUGCAGAUUCAAAUAAAGCUCACAAUGUUCCCAUUA